GGCGGCUGCAAACUACGGGUCGCGAGCGGGGACCAAAACGCCUCAAACCGGUGCCCUUUUUUGGUUGCCUUGCUCCUGAUGCUGCAGGAGGAUGGAGGAGAGGGCUGGGCGCGGCAGCAUCAAGCCCUACCUGGACAAGCUCACCCUGGGGGUCACCCGCAUCCUAGAAGCUUCUCCAGGAGUGACUGAAGUGACGUUCGUAGAGAAGGAGCCAGCAGAACGGCACACGAUUGUUUCGUGGGAGCAGAAAAAUGGCUGCGUCCUUCCGGAGGAUUUGAAGAACUUCUACCUGAUGAUGGACGGCUUCCACAUGACCUGGAGCAUCAAGAUGGACGACAACCCAAUGCCCCUGGGCUCCAUGACGAUCAACAGCAUCUCCAAGCUCACCCGGCUGAGCACCGCGCUGGCUUACACCCUGCCCAACGCGCCAACUCUCGCCGACUUGGAGGACACCGACGAGGAAGGAGAAAAAGGAAACGAGGACGAACCAGAGAAGCCUCACUUGGACUCCCGCAGUUUGAUCUUCGAAUUAGACUCAUGCGGCGGGAACGGGAAGGUCUGCCUCGUGUACAAGAACACCAAACCCGUGGUCGCCCCGGAUUCCGAGAUCUGGUUCCUGGACAGAGCCCUCUACUGGCACUUCCUCACCAAGACCUUCACUGCUUACUACCGACUCCUGAUCACCCAUCUGGGGCUUCCACAGUGGCAGUAUGCCUUCACCAGCUAUGGCAUCAGCCCCCAGGCAAAGCAAUGGUUCAGCAUGUACAAACCCAUCACCGUCAACACGGCGCAGCUCUCGUCGGAGGCGGACACUUUCGUGAACAAGCUGGACCCCAACAAGGUUUUCAAAAGCAAGAACAAGACGCCGGUCCUCAAGAAGAAGCUGGCCUCCCAGCCCCCCGCCUCUCAGAAAGGCCCAACGGGGCCAGGCUCCAAGAACCCAUCGCAGUCCGGAAGCUCUGCGAGGAGAUAAAGACUCUCCCUGGCCACAUGGCAACCUCUCGAGAUACAUCGGCAUGGAAAGCGGCUGUUAACACCCAGCACAUGAGCUGCUUUGUUUGGCAGCGCUUCUUAGCUCCAGAUAUUUAUGCUUAAAGUAUUUAUUUGGGAAACCACAAAGUCCCAGUGGGAUUUCCUUUGAGUCGAACGGGCUCGAUGCUUGCUGCGAUCGUCCCAACACAGGCAUGCAGGGUGGCACGUGGAAUUCGUCCUCGUUUUCAUAUAGAAUUGAUUAAAAGCAAAAAAAUAAAUCAGAAUUACUAUUUGCUGGCCGAA